CUUCCUCUAUUACGUUCGACUACAUUCUAUCCGACGCCUUGUCUCCGGCAUUACUACCUAACAAGUAAAUCCUAACGAGCAGAUCAACUCGUUCCGAAUCUCUACUGUUUCAAACAUCUCAGUUCGAUUCCGCCAACAUGAAGGGCCGCCCAGUCGACCAACUCGUUUACGAGUUCAUGUUCCAAAAGCCCCGAACCAGCGAUCCCCAGAACUUCCAUACUCUCCUUCACCGCAACCUUAUCCCGGAGGUCCGCCAGGAAGUCCAUUCUUUCUAUGGGCAUCUUGACACUCAAGAAGCCAAGUACCCUGGCCUAGACUAUACUCAUCGUAUCCACCGUAUACGACUUAGCCGCUGGCAGUGGCAUCGUCGUCUAUUUCGGGCGUUCGACGGUCUGCGCCUGACCGACUCCGAAAUCGCAAGCCUAACAAAAUGGGAAGGUACAAAGUGGGCGAAGGAACGCUUCGAGCGUGAUUCCGGAAUCGUCAUUAAAGAUACUGCGUUUGACGAUAUUGCCGAGUGGGUUGAGCCUGAAGACAGGCCACAAACAGCAUGCGCAACGCAGGCCGCGACCUUACCGCAGGUCGCGGCGACGCCAGACGAGGACAUGGAUGGCGAGCAGGAAGAAGACGAAGACGAAGACGAAGAAGAGGACAGCGAUGGUGAACUAACAAGCGUCGGAAUCCCUCUGAACGAGCAACUUCGCGAAAGGGCAGCACGCCACGAGGCCGGCGAUACCUCGCUACCGCUGGAUGAGGAGUGGGAACAGUGGCUGAAGAAUGCAAUCGAGGCCGGCGAAUUUCCCUUCCUCACAGAGCAGAUGGCGCGGGCAUCCGACAUGGCUCUCAUCCCGCAGGCACUCUUUCCGCCGGGUAUGCUGAGUGCAGCACGAGCUGGUCGUUGGCAGGAUAUCCCGGACUUCCUCCAUUCGGUCCUCCGAUAUGCCUUAGACAAUGAAACACCGAAUCGAGACAGUACCUCAGCUUCUGGUGAGCGUUCUUCCGGACGUUCCUUGCAAGGCUACCUCCCCGGCAAUAGACGGAACUUGCGCCGCAACUUUUCAGAUCUACGGCUCCCGGCUAGCGAAGCCAGUGUCGCCACCUCGGAAGUUCGUCUGCAGCGAACAGCCCAGUCAGGCACCCAGACCUAUAUUACUCUUCCUUAAGAAGUCAUCACUGAGGCCAUAGCACCGGUAUUCGAGGUGGUAACGGUGGAAAGAAGUACAAAACUAUUCGAUACCCUUCAACUAGAUUCUUUCAACUUUUAAUGUGCCCUUAAUACGUGGGCACUGGCGAUUUUGAUGCGGCACGCAGUACUUUGUCGACGGCCUAGAUGGUCGUCACUUGUUUUUAGGACCACUUAAUAAAAGUGCAUACCAAACAACGAAGAUUUUCCAGAGCAUAUUGAUGAGAUUUGGGAUUACCUGUGGUUUCAGAUGGCUGAAAAGAGACACAUGGAAAAGGAGGCGGAUGCUCUAGGAUUGCGUACCGACCGAGCAAUAGAAAUUGGUCGCCCUUAACAGCAAAAUUCUCGAGGUCUAUAGACCAGGUCACGAACGAAAGCCCGACAUAGGCACUCUAUCGUAUAAUACACCCCCAAUACUCCCGAUAAACGAAGCGGAGGUCUUGAGUGCCAGUGGCCUUUCUUACAGCCUACUUCUAAACUCGGUGGUAGAUAUCCGAGGACUUAGUCCGAUUGCAACUAGAAGCAUUAUGGUAUCAACU